UCACGCUGGUUGUGGGUGCCGAGCCUGUCUGGAGCGGGGAUCCAGGUUGAGUGACUGUUGGGUUUUUGGAACUUAGAAUCGCGCCGGGACAUCUGCCAUUAGAAGAAGAUGUUGCAGCUGUGUGACUCCGAGUGUGACGGCCUAAGCUCACUAAUGGAGUGUGGUGGUGCCGUGAACUCCCCUGGAGACACAUUGGGACAGUCCCCUGCGCAUCUAGCAGCAUGUGGUGGACAGGCUUUUUUCCUGCUUUGGCAGCUACAGACUGGAGUUGAUGUAAAUCAGCAGGACUGCUUUGGAGAAGCUCCUAUUCAUAAAGCUGCUCGCUCAGGAAGCAUGGAGUGUCUCAGCCUGCUGAUCGCUAGUGAUGCCAGAAUAGAUAUGUGUAACAAAGACGGGCACACCGCAGAAGACGUUGCUUUGUCCUGUGGGUUUUUGGAUUGCGCAAGGUAUCUCGCUACAAUCAAACUCACGCAGGACACAUUUUCCAGAGCGCAGUCUUCGCUGCAUAAUCUAAAGGAGACAGCAGCUGGAGUCAAAAGAGGGCAAUGUUGUCAGUCGAUUUCUCAUGGCAAGAGGAGGCGCUCUGAUGGUUUUGUCUAGGUGUGUUGUGAAGAUGAUCUCGAUCAGCAAUGAUGCUUCAGCAGUCACUUGAUGGCUUACAUUAAGCUGGACAAUAGCCUUUCUUGUGGAAAGAACAUAUGUAUAUAUUAAUAGCAGUGCUUUAAUAUAAGCUUUUUUUAAUUUUAAUAAACAUCUUUUUUGCUAA